CCAUAAACGGCCUUGGCUUUUCUUUUAUCCCAACUCUCAAAACUGAUUCCCUCCUCCCUCAUUUCCCCCCAACAAGGGAAAAAGUUCGCCCUCAUAUAUAACUUCCUGAAUGCAAUGACAGUUGAUUGCAUCACAAGUAAAACUUCACCAGCCAUGCCUCCACAGCACAAAGAUGAAGCCAGAGAUGAUGAGAAACCCCUAGUUUUCGAUGUCUCAGUGCUCCGGCACCAACCCGACAUCCCAAAACAGUUCAUUUGGCCCGACGAGGAAAGGCCGUGCGCAAACGCCUCGGAUCUCCCCGUCCCGCUCAUCGACUUGGGUGGGUUCCUCUCCAAAGACCCGACUGCCUCCAUGGAGGCAUCGAGGUUCGUGGGGGAGGCAUGCCAGAAGCACGGCUUCUUCCUCGUCGUCAAUCACGGCGUGGACGCUGGCCUCAUUUCGGACGCUCACAAAUACACGGACAGUUUCUUUGGGUUACCGCUCAGCGAGAAGCAGAGGGCUCAGAGGAAGCUUGGUGAGCAUUGCGGAUAUGCCAGUAGCUUCACUGGCAGGUUCUCUUGCAAGCUCCCGUGGAAAGAAACGCUUUCCUUCAGCUACUCUGCCGAGAAAAGCUCAUCCAAUGUCGUGGAAGACUACUUCAACAACACCAUGGGCGAAGAGUUUGAGCAAUUCGGGAGGGUGUACCAGGACUAUUGUGAGGCCAUGAGCACACUCUCUCUAGGAAUAAUGGAGCUGCUAGGAAUGAGCCUAGGAAUUGGCAGAGACCAUUUCAGGGAGUUUUUCGAAGGCAACGAUUCGAUCAUGAGGCUCAACUAUUACCCACCCUGCCAGAAGCCGGACCUCACACUAGGAACCGGUCCCCAUUGCGACCCGACAUCCUUAACCAUCCUACACCAGGACCAAGUCGGCGGGCUCCAAGUGUUUGUCGACAACGAGUGGCGUUCCAUCAGCCCAAAUGUCAACGCGUUCGUCGUCAACAUUGGCGACACUUUUAUGGCUCUGUCAAAUGGGCUAUACAAGAGCUGCUUGCACAGGGCAGUGGUGAACAGCCAAACUCCAAGGAAGUCCCUCGCCUUCUUCUUGUGCCCGAGGAACGACAAAGUGGUGAGACCGCCGAGCGAGCUAGUCGAGACGUCCUGUCCAAGAGCGUACCCGGACUUCACCUGGCCGAUGCUCCACGAGUUCACUCAGAAGCAUUAUAGGGCCGACAUGAACACACUCCGAGUGUUCACUAACUGGCUUCAACAGAAAACAUCUGAACCAGUCUGGUGAUGAAGCUUUGUCACAACUAGAGAGAUCUACCUGGAGGAGCAAAAAGUUGCAGCAACGAACAAAGGGGUGAAAAUUUUCUUCUGCCAAGGGGAAGAAAAUGACAUUGACGAGGAGGAAGACGAUGAGAGAUCAAAAGGGAAGUGGUGGGCGUUCUUUAAGGAGGUUGGAGGGGGACAAAUAGAAAGUUAGAGGAAAAGCCAAAAUAUCUUUUACGUUCAGCUAGAUAGUACUAGCAACGAUGAUGAUGAUGAUGAUGAUCAAAAGGCAAGAGAUCAAGAAACAUGAGAACCAAUAAAGAGCUGGAAUACAUCAGCUAAUUUUUGUAUUUUUUUGUUUUUGUUUUUCGUUUUGUCUUUGGUUAUUGUAGAAAAGUUUACCCAACAGUAGCGAGUCUGCCUUGAUGUAAAAUCGCAUUUUAGAGAAUAGUUGCAUUAUUAGAUGUUCCCAGUUUUUUCA